CUGUAACAGUAUACCGAGAGGGCGCACGCGCAUAGAACACCCACGGACCCAGUGACCUUUGCAUCUACGAGUACAGCCCCAAAAAACCCUGUCGAUCGAGGGAAAUGGGCAGAGUGCGCCUUACUCCACCUGCGGCCAAGUCUCCCGAGGCUGAAUCGUGGCUGUGUCGCGUACUCGGAUGAGGAGACCAUCACCACCAACCUUGAGAGGGAAACAAUCUCACCUCAACCUACCUACAUGAUACGGGAUAUAUAGCCCAGCCACCAUCACAUCCCAUCAAUGCAGGUAGGCAGAAAGACUAACACACCAUAUUGCUUCAACUUGAUUUCAUCACAUUCCAACUCCGUACACAAUUCAUUGUUAUGGGCUUGACCAAAACUACGAAUUCCCCCGGACUUUCCUUCGACUUCAACCAUCCUCGCGCGCAAUAUUCGCCCGGCGAUGUGAUCAGCGGCCAUGUCGUGCUGAACACCGCCGCUGACGCCGCCAUCGGCACCGUCACAGUGUCAUUCUGGGGUCGCGCGAAAUCCCGCAUCAUCCAACAACACGGCCAGUCCGCAAGCUACCACCGUGGCCGGACAAGGUUCUUCCACCUCGAAAAGGUCCUGUACGAAGGCCAAUACACGCACAAGCCCGGCUCCUUCAGCUGGCCGUUCGACUUCGUUGUCCCCAAUCAGGCAGACCAGGGGUGCAUACUGCCUGGCGGCAGCAGCAGCAGUGAGAAAUGGAAACCCAAAGAGCACUACCGAUCGAACCUCGACGAGAACAAGAACAACAACGAGCUCGACCUCAAUCUCCCACCAUCCAUGUCCCACAGCCGCAUGAACAUGGGCCGCAAGGCAGACUGUUUCAUUGAAUACGUGCUCGAAGCGACGCUGACCGAACCACGCGGCAUCCACCAGUUCCGCGGCCCCAAGACCAAGACCUCGACAUACCCAAUCAUAUUCAACCCUCUCUCGACGCCCGAACCGAUCCAGAAUUACGACCUGGUCACAGAGGAGCGCCUCUUCACCAUCUCGACACUCAAACUCCUCCCCGAACACGCAGGCACGAGUCUCGGCAUCCGCGAUCGCGCCCGCUCUCUCUUCCAGAAGGACACCGUCCCCCGAUUCUCCUUCUCUCUCACGGUCCAGGCCCCCAGCGUUAUCCAGCUGUUCCACCCAAAACCCUUACCCUUCCUCAUCACCAUCCAACCAGACCUUCGUCCCGAGAACACCACCAUCGACACCUCCACGUCCCUUCCCGAAGUGGUCCUACGCUCCGUCAAAAUCGAACUGAAAACCGAAGUCCGCUGCCGCGCCCCCGGAACUUAUGCAGACACCAAGACCUAUGAGAUCCCUAUCCUGUCCAUCAGACAUCUUACUCGACCACUCACUUUUGCCAAAGGACUAUCCGGACCGGACGAGUCGACCCUCGAUCUCGGCUCCCUCUACGACCUUCGCGUGGGCAACGCCAAACUAGGUUCAAAGGUCGAAACGCCACUCUGUCCCAACUUCACCUCGUACAACGUCACGCGGGAGUACUACCUCACGUGGGAACUCGAAGUCGAGUGCGCCGAAAAGACCGAGAGAUUCUCCUCGCCACGUAGCCCGCCGCAGUGUACGGUCCUCUUACCUCCUGCCACGGCUUGCAUGGACGGGUAUAACCCGAACCCACUUUUGGGCGCAGACCUGGCACAGGCGGCCUCGACUGCUAGUCGUGACUCGGAAGAUGGUCACAGUUUCUGGUCACGUAGGAAAUCAGGCGAGGGACGCGGCGAAAAGGAGAAGCCUUCAUUUAGUUCGCUGGGCCUUGACAGCCGCUCGAGCGGGAAGAAACCCAAAACUAAAGCAGAAGAAGCAGCUGAGGAGCGUCAGGCCGACUUCACCUCAGACGUGGAUGAAGGCAUGAACGCAGAUUCGAAUUCGUCAGUUUCUGACCAGGACUUCAACAGCAGAAGAACUCGGGGAGCCCAUGGAGCCGAUCAGCCACCACCUCGGUAUGUCCCUUGAGGGCUGAACUUUGGAAAUUGUUCCCUAUUUGCUUCAAUGACUGUAUUUCUCUCGUGUAAUAUUGCUUCGUAUCAAAUACUGAGCUUGUCAUCGAACUUCUGCAUUUAUGCCGUAUGCAUGAGCGACAGGGCGCACACAGCCAGCUCGACAAACAUCCUGGUCAUACAUUGCUUUUGUUCUUCGCCAAUCCUCAUUAACAGCCGAUGCCAGGUGAUUGACCACUCUCACGGCGGCGCCGACAGCCAGCUAGGGGACUUUGAGUUCGCAUCAGGGGAGUGCAGAA